AAAAAAAAUCGUUUUCUCUUUUGUUCUUAUUGACAUGUCACAUUUUGCACUCAUUGUUGCUGCCACUGAAGAAUUAGGUAUUGGUGUAUUAAACAACUUGCCAUGGCGUAUUCCUAAAGACAUGGCUUUCUUUAAACACGCUACCACUGUUAUACCCAAGGAUUCGCAAGGACAAAAUGCCGUGAUUAUGGGAAGAGUGACCUGGGAAUCCAUUCCUCCCAAGUUUCGCCCUCUUGAUAAUCGCUUCAAUAUCGUUGUAUCUCGUAACACUUCCUACGACUUAAAGCUGGCUAAAGCUGAAAAUACGAUUCUUGUGGAUUCUUUAGAAAAAGCGUUUGAAGCAGUGGAUCCUAUUCAGCACCCAAGAACGUUUGUGAUUGGAGGAGCACAAAUGUACAACUUAGCUAUUCAGCAUGCCAACUGCUCUCAUAUUUUAUUAACCCGAAUCAAGUCCAAGAUUGACUGUGAUACAUUUUUCCCCAAGAUCAAUGAAGAUCAAUUUCGUUUAGCUAGUCAUCAAGAAUUAGAAAACUAUGUUCAACAAACCGUUCCUGAAGGAAUUCAAAAGCACAAGGAAUUAGAAUAUGAAUUCACUUUAUAUUUAAAAAAAUAAGCAGUUUUUAUUUCAGGCUGGCAAUACUAUCACCAAUGGUGUUUAAUAAAAUAGGGGCAUACCGUUUUGCAAUCACCGAUAGUAAUGCAAUAGCCACUGGAGGGCCCGCGUAUUCAAAAAACCAAGUCAAUCUGGAAGGUUUAAUCUUCUUGACCAUAUUUCGCA